AUGGCGAUGCGAUUAGUCGUCAACACGGUCUUGCUGGCCAUUCCCAUUGGAGGAUCACUGGGAGCACUCCUAGGCAUCGACGCACAUCGAUCAGCAACCGGGCAAAAACCUCUCUUUAACGGCGACGGGUCAAAUGCUGGCGCCGGCGCCGGUGGUGGUGGUGGUCACGAUAGCACCGGCGGAGGCUCCGGGGGCGGUAGCUCAACGACGGACAAUGGCGUCACGAACACCCAGUAUUGCCAGCAAUUCUAUGGCAUUUCACCCCCGGCAAAGGAUGGUCAGCUGUACACAUUCAAUCCCAAUCAAUGGGGUCUGAUAUCUGGUCAAACAGCGGGGGGACUCUGUGUCAAUGUCACGACCUUCGAUAACCAGACGUACCCAACCCAAUACUCCGCUCCAGGUUUCUCCGUGACUUGGCAAUUCGACCCGGCUCCUGGACCCCAGCCGGUGCACGCUUACCCCAACAUCAUGGUGGACAAGGUUUUACCGCUUGAACUAGGCAAAAUGUCCAAGGUGGACAUGGAUCUGGCAUGGAAUUAUGCUGUCGGCAAUGAAGUCUCGUCGACAACCGACGAGAGUGCCCUCGCCGCUAGUGGGGUGGCUGCCAAUGUGGCCAUCGAUAUGUUCUUCGACUCGGAUAAGACCAUUGCCCAAAACAGUUCCCUGGCUCAAUACGAAGUCAUGGUUUGGUUUGCUCGUUUCAACAAGGCGUCGGCACAGGUGAUCGGGGAGGCCCAGGGAGUUGUCAAAACCAAGACCGUCAACGGAGUCAAUUUUGAUCUCUACGUCGGCAAAAACACCAACCGAGCCGGCACUCUAAACGUCCUUACCUGGCUUGCGAAUCCCUCGACGCAGAAUUUCACCGGAGACAUCUACCCUCUCAUCACCGACCUCUACACGCUAAAGGGUGAUGUCUACCCAUCUAGCUCCGACUACAUGGGCAUCUUCCAAUUCGGCACCGAAGCUUACAACUCUGCCGAGAAUGUCACCUUUUCCGUUCCUAAAUUCUCCCUCGAUAUUGAGUGA